AUGAAAGUAAAGAUUAAAAGUAAUUGGACAGCUGUAGCCAGUUGGAGAUGGAUAGCUAAUGAUGAGAAUUGUGGAAUCUGUCGAAUGCCUUUUGAUGGAUGUUGUCCAGAUUGUAAACUACCAGGAGAUGAUUGUCCUCUAGUUUGGGGUCAGUGUUCCCAUUGUUUUCAUAUUCACUGUAUAGUGAAAUGGCUGAAUUCCCAGCAAGUUCAUCAACUAUGUCCUAUGUGUCGACAAGAAUGGAAAUUUAAAGAAUGA